UGGGAUAGCUGCUGCCGUUUAACUUUCGUGAAGGCAACCGAGAUCGUGUCUGCGCUAGACAGUAGUCAGUAUAGAUUAGAAUCUACAUAAUAAGCUUUGGCCUACUUUACUUUGGCAUUGACAGUUGGUCAGAUUUAAAGUAAAGCGGAGGAUGUGGCAAAAUCCUCAAAGAGCUAUGAAUCGUGGAUUUAGUUAUGAUGACAGUAGCCGACGUGUAGGUUUCAAAAUGGAGUCCUUAGUAUCCAAGUAUAUUAAAAUCGCUGCAGUUGUAGCAGCGUACUGGGUGAUCUCCAUUUCUAUGGUAUUUGUUAAUAAGUACUUAUUAAGCAGUGAGGAUUUAAAGCUUGAUGCUCCCUUGUUUGUGACAUGGUUCCAGUGUGUGGUGACAGUUUUCUUGUGUGUAUUUUUAAGUGUUGGGGGACAAUUUUUUCCAGGCUAUGUGGCAUUUCCUGCAAUGAAAGUGGAAGCUAAACUUAUAAGAGCAACUUUGCCACUGUCUAUCAUAUUUGUCUGUAUGAUAACAUUCAACAAUCUUUGUUUGAAACAUAUUGGUGUUGCAUUUUAUUUUGUGGGCAGAUCUCUUACAACUGUAUUUAAUGUGAUUUUCACAUAUUUGAUGCUUCAGCAAACUACUUCUGCAAAAGCUUUAGCAUGCUGUGGUAUUAUAAUAGCUGGUUUUUUUAUGGGUGUAGAUCAAGAGGGAGAAUCAGGGACUUUAUCAAUCUUGGGUGUUAUCUAUGGAGUUGUAGCAAGUGCUUGUGUAGCACUAAAUGCCAUAUUUACAAAGAAGGUUUUGCCUUUGGUAGAUAAUAAUGUAUGGCGUUUAACACUUUACAAUAACAUCAAUGCCAGUAUUUUGUUUAUUCCAUUGAUGAUUUUAUUUGGAGAAGUUCAAGAAGUUUUUAGAUUUCCAUUUUUAAGUUCAGUCUCAUUUUGGAAUUGGAUGGUUAUCAGUGGAAUAUUUGGCUUUGCUAUUGGCUAUGUAACAGGCCUUCAGAUUCAGGUUACUUCACCACUGACACAUAAUAUAUCCGGAACUGCUAAAGCUUGUGCUCAGACAAUUUUGGCAUGCAUCUAUUACAAUGAUCAUAAAACAAACUUGUGGUGGGUUAGCAACAUGGUUGUGCUCUUUGGUUCUGGAGGAUAUACAGAAGUCAAACGCCGUGAAAUGAAACAACAACAUAAUGAAUCUUUAGCUGCUGUUCAAAAAAUGGAACAGAUAGUGACAGAGAUGGAGGACACAAAAACCCCGAAAACACCUUAUACUUGAAAAUCAUCUUACAAAUAUGACUAACAUCUUGGACAUACACAGAUGAUAGGUAUUUUAAAUCAAUAUAUAAACUAAUAUUUGUUUCUGUUCUAAAUUGUUAAGGUUGAUGGCUAAUGAGGAAUAUAAUGCAGAAAAAAAGUAGUAUGUACUGAUUUUUAUUCUCUGUGGAAUUAAUUGGUAAUGUAUAUUUUCAAAUUUAUAUCUGACAUUCAGUGAAUAUUUAGUUUUUACAUUCCAGUUUUUAAAUUAGAUUUGACUGUGCUGUUUUAUAUAUCAUUGAUAUGCAACUAAUACUUUUUAUUUAUGAAUUUAAAAAACUGCUUUGAUAAUUUAAUGGCUAACAUUAAUAUAAAUUCAGUAUUUGUCAAAUGUUUGGCUAUAAAAUGCUGUAUUAGAUGCCCUACCUAAUUUCUGUGGUUUAAUGGAUUAAAUUGCAACUAACAAAUUUGGUCAUUCAAUGUAAGAAAAAUGUAUUUUUAUAAGGCGUAUUUCCAUUUAUUGCGAGUUGUAGGCCUAUACUUUGUGUAAUAAAAGUGCUUAUCUUGUUGUUUUUUUUUGUAGUCAGGGUAGAUUAUUCUUAACUGUUCUAAUUUUAGCAACUGUGACAAAUUUUACUGAUUGACUUUUUAGUUGGUGCAUAAUUGUAACGAUGCGAAAUCAAGUUGGUUAAUAAUAUGAAUAAUACUAUAAUAAAAAUCUGCUUAAAAUCUGCAUUUUUAUAGUUAUUUAUUUCUAAAAAAAAUUUAAUGAAAAUUCUUCACAUUUAUUACUAUUACAUUUUUAAACCACUUUUUCUUUAAUAAUAAUAUACUAUAUUACUAAGCAAUGUAUAUACAUUAGACAUGUUUACCAACUUCACUUCAUAAAGGAAAAGUUAUAAAGUACUUCAUAUGCAACAAUGAAUGUAUAAAUAAAAUAUUUAUUAUUGUUGAGUUCCAAAAUUGUGUGAUCAAACAUAUCUAAUGCUAAAUGUUACAAAAACUAACUAUGAUUACUGUGAACAAGACAUAUUAUAGAAUGAAGAACUAGUAAACACUAAAAUAUGAAAUAUUUUUACAACAAAUAUUUUGCCCUAGGCGUACAGUUCAGUGAAAGAUAUUAUGACAAAAAAAUCAUAUAAAAUAGAAAGACUGUUCAAGAACAUUUUUUAAGUAUUUCACAUUUCAUACUUUAAUUUCUUUAGUGUGUAGAAAACACUACAAAACCAUGUUCCUAUACAAAAGCUUUAUAUAACCCAUAUUGUUAUUUUUUUACUUAUCAUAGUUGUUUGAAGUUAUUUGUAUCUACUUGCCAACUUACAAACUUACUUUUACAUUUUAUUCUUUGUUCACUUUUUAACAGAUUUUAAGUUUUAAAGAACAAAUCUCCAUGUUAUGCACUUUAUCUUCAAACUGAUACAUGUAUGAUGUAAUAAAAAUUAUGUGGUUUGUGGUCCAACAAAGCUUACUACUUCACAUUAAUUUCCUUUCUCUAUAAACUAUAAUUAGUAUUAAAUCAAAUUUUAAGCUACAUUAAAAAAAAAAAAAACCUUGAUUUUUAAAAAUGGAUUUCUCUGGAUUGAAAUUUAAUUUUUAAAAAGCCAUUUAUUUUUUAUUAGUUUGUAAGUUUUGACAGAUAGUCAAAAAAAAUUAUUUUACAAGUGUAUUAUUUUGUUAAUGUUAAUUAAAUCAGUUAAAGGAAGGAUUCCUUAAAUAAUCUUAUGCAUUAACUAAGUUGUCUGUUGUAAUUUUUAAUUUCUUCGUGUGUUAAUUUCACUUACUAUUGAUUAGAAAAAAGUAAAUAGGAUGUAUCAUAUGUACUGCUUUACAUGGAACAGCAUUCACUCACAGUUGCAAAAAAUAUUCUAUUACCAUAUGUUUAUAGUGUAUAGUAACAAUCACCUGUUACUACUUUUCAAAAGGUUUGCAAAUAAUACAUUUGUACUAGUAUUUUUUUUUAUACAUUGUGCUACACCUAACAUGAUUCCUUCCCCCCCCCCCCCCCCC